AGCGAAUCAUCUACCAAUAUCAGUUGUUCAUAGAUCGCGAGCGCGUCGAUACGCGCGUAUGGUGUGCGCAGCGAGUUCGCAGUUCGUAGGCAACGCGUGUUUCGUGCACAGGAAAUCGCAGAUUCGAGAGAGGUGUGGAAGUGCUCAAAUGAAUAAUCUUGAAACGUGUCAAUUGCUGGGUGGAAAGUGAUUGAGUGUGACACUUUGAGAAAAACUGCAUUCAAGUUGCGGUGAGCGGUGAAACGAGUGACGGCGGCGGAAGGAAACAAGUGCGAAAUUUGGAUCACCGUACGGUCCGUUUGGAAUCAAAAAUAAAUAACGCCUAAGGCCAGAGAAAUAAAACUACAAUCUUAUCUGUGUCAACACCGCAAUGCUGUGCUCUUCAUAUUGCGCAUCGCUCAGCAGAAACCCGCAAAAAGGUCUCGGAUCAAAACUAACCGAGAUCUUUUUUGUCGUCGUUGUUGUUGCCGUGAGCUGCGAAGACUCUUCAACGGGGUAGAUAACAAAGCCUCCGCCACGGUAAACAGAACUAGCAAAAAGCCAUAUUGCAAACCCAUCUCCCACAAAACGAAGUGACGGCGCGCGCUCUCGCUCUUCUCCGGACUCUCGCUCUCUAUCCCACAUGGAUACAUCGAAGUGCCGUACUCGAGAGGAUUUCAUCCCAGAGUGAUUCGAACCCACGUUUCGUGCAGAUCGCCGCGGCCCCCAGUUGUGUUGUUACCGGUCAGGGAAUGGAAAAAUUAGGAAGAUAAAUUCGCGCACACCAGUCGAUCGUUAAUUCCGGCCACAGGAAAGCGCCAUAACAGUGAAACUGAUAGUUGACUUGAAUGCCAAGAGUUCGAAUACUACCGGUUGGCCGAAGAACCGGAUCGAAGUGCUGCUUUUGCUUGUGAAUGUGCCAACGAAGACUGAAAUUGUUUUUUGUUUUGGUUUUUGCUUGUCUACCUUCUCGAUAAAUAGGUUAACGAUCCGUAAAGCAAGCCUAACCUGCUCAAUUGCAACUUGUGUGUUAAUCUUAGCUUGGAUCCCGUAGUGAUCGUCGUAAAGGCUUCGAACUCUCUUCGAGCUCUUACGAUCGGGUACGUGUGUGUACGCGUGUGCGCGCGCCUAUGAAUGUGAAACAGGUAUCGUCAUGUCAAUGAUGGGAGAUAUGGUUCAAAGAAGUAGAACGUUGUACAUGAGCAAUAACUCUCCGGUUGUGCCCGCAGUCAUGUCUUUGGAGGAAUCCCGCCGAACACAGCGUCCCUACCGGUAUGGAAUGAUACUGCUGUGUGUGGGGGCGUUAGUCAAUUGGCUCGGCCUCGCGGAGAAUUAUUCCGAGCCAAUCCGAUACACGGGAGUUGCGUGUAUUUUAGCUGGUGCAUGCUUGAUCUGCACGGCCAUGUGCUGCUGGUUGCAUACACCCAACCGGAACGCAUCUGCAAAUGAGAAUGACGAUGCGAUACAUGUGAUAAGUUCGACGGAGGAACGUCAGUGUGAAAAACCACCAGACUAUGACAGCGUAGCGGUGGCGCCUCCCUGCUAUGACGAUGCCAUCAAGCUAGACCCGUCGGCCCUGCUACAUCUUCCCGCGACUUUUAAUAGCUUCAGCACAGUUAGUACCACUGGUACUACUGCAGCUACUACAAGUAGUACCACCACCAACUCCUCCAGCCCCACUAGUCCUAGUUCAACAACAUUCGACGCAUCAAACGUGGUCAGUAGAGCAGAAGACCAUCAAGCUGCACCUGCGGAUGGUGUAAGCAGUUCAUUGCCCAGCGUAGCCAUAGAACACGAGCGACACCGCGAGAAACCACCCCCGUACGAUGCUCCCGUUGGAGUGCAUCCAUCGACGCCAGCAGCUUCCAGUGCCAGCGCCAUUACAGUGGAGCUUAAUCCGGUAAUUGUGGUUCCCAGCUGUAAUUGAAGUGUGCAACGGCAGCUCCGUGGCAUGCUUGUAUUAAAUCACCCCCAACUGAAUCCACUCGCGUGUGUGUGUGCCCAGUGGAAACAGUACCCACAAGGCUGUGCUCAACUUGCAAUCUUUAUACUUACGUUGUAAGAAGUUUCUAAGUCACUCGUAGUGAAGAAAGCUAGCAGUGUUUGUCGAAAUCCUAUAAGACUAGUAGAUAACUCGCAUACCAGUAUUAGGCGAAUGAAAGAUAAGUAAAACAACCAACAGAACUCACGGAACACUGAAAAACAACAGAAAAAAAAACUUGUUGUGUUGCGGAUGAACCGGGCGUGACCGGUAAAUGGAGGUGCUAACCGCUCAAGAGUGGAAACCUGCCAAAGCAUCACACCUCACGCAAGGCAUAUUACUUUGCCAGAUGCAGAACUGUGGGGCUGAUAGCAGCGAGAAAACAAAUCAUACUAAUUAUAAGUAUUCUGUGAAUUUGAUUAAACUGUCCGCAUUCAGCGAACAACGAAAGCACUGUGAUGAUCGUUUGGAUGUUCAAAAGAAAAAGAAAGGAGCAAACUAUACAGUGGAUCCUAACGGAAAUUGUAGAACAAGCGAGUCGAGCGAAAAAUAUUUGUACUUAACGAGGCAUUUCAUACAAGCUAGAAGACAAAGAACUGGUUUGAAAAUGCGAAUUUAGUUAGAUAUACGAACGUUGUAGGCUUAAGGUGAAUAAAAUAAGUAUCCGGAAUAACUAA